AUGAUCCUGGGAGAGCUGCGGGGCGACUGGGCGAUGUAUAAAGACACACUAGACUUCCCCUCAUGGGCUGCGGCCGGCUUUAUCUGCUGGAGAUGCAACAUCACGAGGGCCCAGAUGAAAGAUUUUACUUCCGAAGCUCACUUCAGCUGCCGGAGUGCAGCCUUGACUUCAAUGGAGUUUCUGGUCCGACAGCGAGCAGAAGGGAAAAUGAUAUCAGCUAUCUUUAGUAUCCCACUCUUCGGCCCGCAGAACUGCAAGAUCGACUUUUUACAUGUGUGCGAUCUGGGAACCACCAGCGAUUUUCUGGGGAGCUUACUGUACUUCAUCAUGGAGUUCGUUGUGUCCGGCAAUUCUCGCCGGGACAAGUGUGUUACAAUUUUCCGUGAGAUCGAUGCCUUUUACAAAGCCAACAACUCUGAGAAUCGCUUACCCAAGCUCGUACCAACGAUGCUUCGGGCUGAGUUGCGGGGCAAAUUGAAAUCACCGAAACUUCGUGCCAAGGCUGGAGAGGCACGAGUCUUAGUGCCGUGUGCAGUACAACUUGCGGAGAAGUUUCUGGAUGCAUCUGUGCCUGCGCAAAACACGAUGAUCCAUGCAUGCCAUCGGUUGAAUAGCAUGUAUAGCUGCUUGAGCGAGCAUCACUGGCUCGCAGAUCGCUUUCAGCAGGCCAGUCGGGAGUUCCUUCUCCUCAUGCGUGGCCUGGAGUCGCAUUUUGAAGACCUUAAACUGUUUCGAAUCAAACCAAAGGCCCAUCUACUCAUGGAACUGGCACUGGAACAAGUGAAUCCUUCGAAGCACUGGACGUAUCGAGAUGAGAGCUUCGGCCACAGCCUGGCCUUAUUGGCCAGGCGGCGUGGCGGCCAGUUUUCGAUGAAGGCCGUGUCGAAUGCAGUGCUGAAACGAUUUCUGGCUGGCAACCAGCUGCCGCGACUCGACGAGUGA